CUUGAAAUAGCUCACGAGUUCUUUUUUUUAGAGAUGACUGCAAAUAUAUGUAGGCGAUGUGGUUUUAGACUCAUGAUUUGUGUACGUGUAUAUGGAACGGACAGACCAAACAGAGAACAGUCACGAUGAUGAUGAUGCCGUGAAAUAUCCCAGAACUGGAGACGAGGUCAAAUAAUCACCAUGGCAUCUAAUGAGAAACAAGUAGUGGCUAAGUUGAUGUUACAACAUGCCAUUGGCCUGAGGGACAGCGGGAAUCUACCACAGUGUUGUGGCUGCCUUUUCGAAGGAAUAAGGACCUUCUGCACAACCCAUGAAGAGAAAAUAGAUUACUUUGCGGCAUUGUCUACGGUUGCUCCAUUAGUAAAUUUCCCUGCUGGCAUAUUUGAGGGAAUCGAACUACCUAGAUCCUCUUCUUUUUGGUCGGAUGUGAUAUCUGCUCUUGCUACAACGGAUCAAUGGCGAGCUAUUUGUUACAUCAUGUUUUCAAUUGACAAGAGGUCUCCACUUGAAGGAAUAGCAAGCGAGGCUUCCACAGAGAACAUUGAGGUUUCUAGGUUGUUACAACGACAAAGUGACCUUGAUCUCAAGACCUGGGGUAUUCCACUAGCCAUACAGAUCUUGAAGAAAGGCUCCCGCGUGGAAACCAUUGCUAUUGAUGAACCCAUUCCUUUCGCCCUCGUCCAGACAUCAAUGAGAACAGGGUGCAGUGACCUUCUCAUCUAUGUCAUGGAAACGAGCUGCAAAGUCCGGGGAGAGAUUAAUGAUAAAGACAGAUACGGGAAUACGGCACUCCACGUUGUGACUAAAGCUGGAAUGGUUCACGCAAAUGAUGUGGAAGCAAUUCUUUGCCUGCUACUCAAGUAUGGUGCAUCUGUGAAUAUCAGAGACUCGGAAGGAAAAACCCCCAUUGAAUAUGUUAAACCAAAGUCAGCUAUUCACGUCAAACUGUCACAGGCUGGGGCUGAAGCUGAGAAAAAUAUCCAGAAGCAAAUAGAAGUUCUUCGGAAUAAGGGAAAAGAAGCAAUGGAGGAAAAUAAUCUCUAUGACGCCCUGAGGUGGUACAAAAAUGCUAUUUCUUUAGCUGAAACUGUGCCAAGCCUGAAUGAAGAGCUCGCCAAGCUACACAGCAACUGUUCUCUAGUGAAUUACAGGCUUGGCCUGUACAAAGAUGCACUCACUGCUGCUCAUGUGUGUGUCACGUGCGAUCGGACCUUUUAUAAGGGCUAUUGGAAGAUGGGACAAUGCUACGAGGCACUCGGUGACAUGAAAGAGUCUCUGAAAAUCUAUAUUCAGGGGCUAAAUGAAGCAAAGAUGUCUGAAGAUGUCAAACUGAAGUUCCUUGUUCGAAUAAUAGAGAAGUUCCCUGACCUGGAUGUCAGAGGCAUACCAUUUAGAGCAGCGUUGUUGGAUAUUGCUGAUACUGUUAACAAACAUCUGCCGAACAUUAUUUCUGAACUUCUGGCAUCCUCAUCUAUCAAGGCAAUCAAACUGCUGAUUCUGGGCGAAAACUUUACUCCACUGGGUAACAGAUACACUGACAGCUUUAUCCAGGAGCUAUCCAAGUUGAACUCUAGAUUGACGAUCAAACUGAAUUUAAAGGGUGUGGACCUGAGUCAGUUUCUACUGGUACCAGAAUGUGACGGGAUGAAUGAUCUGAUUAUAGUGCUGCUAUCAAGAGGUGCAGACUGUGAAAGCCUGAAAUCGUCAGACGAUGACACAGCACUUCACGCUGCUAUCAAGAUAUGCGCUCAAUCUGAUAGCACAUCUCUUCUGGAAUACAUUCUGCAAACACGUCCACAGUUCUUGGAUGACAAGGAAGUAAAAAAUGGGAAAGGGCGGAGCUUGUAUCACACAAUAUGUGAAAUCUACCCCAGUGGAGAUUCCACUGUUGGACUGCAGCUGACAGAAAUGUUGCUGAACUUCAAAUUCACACCUCUGAUUUUAAACAACGAAAGAAAAUGCGCAUCAGAUUUACUUCCCAAAGAUAGUGAACUGCACACAGUUUUACUCCGUGCUGAGAAUGCUUUUGCAGAAUCAGAAUCAGAAUCACUGAAGAAUCAAGGAAAUGAUGCAUUUGGAAAAGGAAAUUACGACAAGGCUAUUGCUCUCUAUAGCCAAGCCCUUAAUCUAUUGGAGACCAGAACGCACACAAACAGUCACCACCUGGCCAUGCUGCAUGGGAAUAGAGCUGAGUGCUACUUCAGGAAGAAGUUAUUCAAAGAAUCACUUGAAGAUGGAAGUAAAUGCGUAUCCUAUGAUUCUUCUUGGUUUAGGGGACAUCAAAAGGUAGCAAAAUCACUCAUGGCUAUGAAGAGAUAUGAAGAUGCAGCCAAAGCACAUGCUGAAACAUACAAACAUUUGACCCCAGGUGCAGAAAGGCAGCUGGUGGAAAACACACUCACAGAUAUGUUAAAUGCUUUAAGCAAUCUACCUACUGGAGUCUAUGCAAAUAUGCUUCUCAGCAUAGGAAAUGUGGGAGAAGAAGUGUGGAUGCGACUUGCAUACCAAAAACUGAUUAGAAAUAAUUUCAAAGCAGCCAAAAUCGCAACUGAAUUGGUCUCAAAUUCAACUAGAAGUUUGUCAGCAAAGACGUAUGACCUCCAUCCUCUGUGCAACAUGGAUCAUCGUCGUCAUCCAUGGAUUGCAGAGUUUCUGCUAACACUUCUCAAGAGUGGCUCUGAUCAUCGUAGACUUUUCAUGAGACAGUGCGACAUUUACUUGCUAACUGGUGUUGUGAUAGCAUGUGAAAGCGGUUACAUGGAUCUUUUGAAUUGGCUGAUUGACAACAUUGCAAUCCCCUCAAAAGAACUUAACAUCCAAGACUACUUUGGCAACACAGCUCUCCACGUAGCCUGUAUGAUGGAAAGCAAUCCUGAUAUGAAGCAUGAUGUCGCAGUUGUCCUCAUACGGAAGGGUGUGAAUCCAAAUAUCUUGAACAAUGAGAGACAGACUGCCUUAGCAUAUGUUGAUCCAAAAGAAAAACGUACCAUUCUAAAGCAAGCAAAACAGAGAAAAGGUUCUGGAAGACAACAUGGUUUUACUUCUCGGGAAGGUCUUGAAACGUCGAACAAUUUUUCCAAAAGGAAAACUGUUAGAGGGAAAUCAAAACUUCACAAGGAAAGUCAUGACUGCAAUGAAUGUGAUGAGUUAAUACAAAAAGCAACAUCUAUUGCUAUGCGGGAUAUAGCAAGUGCUGCUGAAAUAUUUAUCAAACUUCUACUGAUUGAACAAUAUCCACGCCGACAUCAUGAUGUCAUUAAGACGUGUAUCAACAAGAUGAUAUAUUUCUUGGCGGAAAAUGACCCUACAGUGCUACCAGCUCCCUUGCAAAGACUCAAGUCCAGUCAUAUGAGAACGAUCAUUGAGGGGUUUGCCAAAAAGGGACGGUGGCAACACUUGGACAAUGCCAUAGAACUUUAUAAGAUCCAUCUACUGCCAAAGGCCUUUGGGAAGUAUAUAUCAGUAUCCUUACUGACAAUGAGCAGUGAAAAGUCUUCUCUCAAACUGAAGCUGAUAAAUCUGUUACAAAACCAUGGAGCUGAUGUCACCAAAGAGAAGAAAAGCAAAGACGCUCUCCAGUCAGCCUUUUUGAAGAAAGAAUAUGAUAUCGUCAUGCGGUUGAUAGUACUUGGUGUAUCUCCUGCAACCAUCACCUCACAUCCUGAUGAUACACCACUUCAUGCUGCUCUGAAUGUGGCUCUUGAUGUGUUGGAAGGUGACUUCAGUAUCUUAUCCCAGCUGCUGACACUUCAUGCAACUGAUGCCAAGAAAUAUAGUUACUUACACCCAAACUGCGUGGACCAAAAUGGAGACACAUUGCUACAUGUGGUGUGCAGGAGGAAGUACACUACAAACACACUAAAAGCUAUUGAAAUUCUCUGCAAGGAACAUGCCCUGGCAGAUAUUGACAAUAAGGAAGGCAAGCGUCCCAUUGAAUAUCUCCCUUCCAGAAAUGACAGAAGAGCUCAGUAUCUUAGAUUAAUUGGUGGAAGUUCUCAUUCAACUAUCAAAAGCCAAACGAGAGACGAGAAGAAGGUCAUUCCACAUGAAGAUGAUGAUGAUCAGAUGCAAAACCUGCAAAGCGUGAAAACGAUUUCAAGAAAUCAGGACGAAAACCAGCCCCACAAGAAGAAAACCAUUACCGUAUCCAAAAUGAAGGAAAAUAUCAGGAAUAUUAUCCUUGCACGACAAGAAAAAAAAAGCAUAUUUUCUGAUGGAUACAGAGAGGUGUCCAUUGAUGCUGAAUCUCUCUUGAUAAACAAGGAUGGAGAUGUUAAAACAGAAGGAACAGAAGCCAACGAAGAGAAAAUGCAGUCUGUGUUUGAAAGUGAGUUAGACAAAGAAACUGAAGCAAGGGAUGAUCUAGAUUCACUGUCAUUUAAUGACCUCACAUGGGAGGUAGAAUGUACCCCCGAAGUUCUGAACUUCUUUCUCAACGAAUGUAUUCCACUGCAGUUAAAGCAAAGUGCUAUCUACAAGAUUUACAUGCUUGGUAAUGGAGAGUGGAAGUCAAUUGUUUCGAGGGCAAUAACUUCUUCAGUCCCAAUUCAUCUUUAUGAAACACAUCUAGGAAGGACUGGCAGUAUCGUUUGGGAAAAGGCUGUAGCUUUCUCUGCUAGAUGCAGUGAAGAGCCAAAGAACAGACUUUCAGGGGAACAUGAUUCAACAUUAGUUGUAAAAGGUGGACGGGUUUAUUCUGAGAUUAUCAGGAUCUGGAACAUAACAUUUGGUCCUGAAAGCCUUUCUGAAGUCAUUGAGACAAUAGGUAUAUCUCAUACAAAAGGAAGAAUGUGCCUUCUCAAGAAGCACCUUGCAUGUCAUAACAGGCAACUAUUGGGAAAAACCUCAACAAUUGUGCCUAGACUCUUUUCAGAAACAGAUGUUGAUGAUACGAUAACCAAACAAGAAAUUGUUGAUUUGUAUCCUCCUGCUUCUCCCAGUAAAACUGAAUACCACAUAAUCAAGUUCUACUCUUUCUCACAAGCACUGGUUAAUAUGAUCCUGCAGAAGACAGAAUGCCAUGCUGAUUUUCCUUUUAGAGUGACAGAUGUUGAACAGGCUUUAAUACAACUUAAAUCUGACACACCUAUACUACUUCUUGGUAGAAGUGGAACUGGGAAAACGACUUGCUGUAUAUAUAGGAUCUGGACAAACUUCAUAUCCUAUUGGCUAAAGGAAAGAGACAUUGGUGAACCUUUCUUGAUAAGAAAGGGGACAUUCAUUGAGCCUAUUGAAGAAACAAACAAAGUUGCAGUAUCCCAAGAUGAUGACACUGCGCACCAGACUGAAAUGUCACAGACAGCACUGCCAUCACCAUUAGAGCAAACAUGCACCAGUGACCAAGGAAAUAACACACUAUCUACAGAUGAAAAUAUACCCGAUGAUCUCCCGGAAAUGGAAGAUGCACAGCAGCCCUCACCAGAUGAGAAUGCAUAUUUGAAUGUUAGAGGUGUUGGCCUAGAGGAUGUGAUAGUGGAUGAGGUGGAAAAUGAACAAUCCACAAAUAAAGACACAGAUAUUGACGAUACUGAUAGCAAAGAAGAAGCUGACACCUCUCAACAAGAAUUUGACCAUCUGCACCAAGUGUUUGUUACUAAAAAUCCUGUAUUAUGUGCAGAGGUAAAAGCAAACUUUUUUGCCAUGUGUUGUCCAUAUGUUGAAUUACAAGAACAUUUGAAUAUGGAAACUGCAGAAAUACCAGCAAGACUUCAAGAUGUUGAUGAUCGGAGUUAUCCACUGUUUAUGACCUCCAAACAUUUGCUGUUGAUGUUAGAUGCCUCUCUUGAUCCUCCUUAUUUCUUUGAGAGAAGUGAAGAUGGAAAUCUGAAAGUGUCUGUAGCAGGCUGGGAGUCACAAGAUGGGCGUUCUCAAACUUCUCUACAUGUUUUAGAUUCUGACAAUGAAUCUGACACAGACGAAACUGCUGAUGUGAUACAAGGUUUUGAAGAGGAAGGCGCCACAGGGUCAUCAAGUAGUGCAAAAAAGUUGGACCAUCGGCAAGAAGUUACAUAUGAUUAUUUUGUGGAAGAUGUUUAUCCUAAGCUGCUGAAAUACACACCUACACGGUAUCAUCCAUCUCUUGUCUGGACCGAAAUCAUGUCAUUUAUCAAGGGUUCAUUUGAAGCCCUGUCAUCAGGGGAUUUAUCUAAAUCUGAAUAUGAAGACAUUGGCAGAAAGAGAGCACCAAACUUUUCUGGAGAAAGAGAUAUAGUUUAUGAACUAUAUUGCAGAUAUGAGCACUUCAAGAGGCAACACAGUCUAUUUGAUGAAGCAGAUAUCAUACAACAUAUUUACAAACGCUUAAGGGGAAUGCCUAAGAGGCCAUGGAUGAUUCAUCAGCUGUUUGUAGAUGAGACCCAGGAUUUCACACAGUCUGAACUAUUUGUUCUCCUCCGCAUCAUUCAACACCCCAAUGAUAUGUUUCUUACUGGAGACACAGCCCAAGGCAUUAUGCGUGGAAUAUCAUUUCGCUUUAAUGAUCUUAAAUCACUCUUUCACUAUGCAAAGAAGUCCUUGCGUGCCACUGGACAAGUCAAGCCAAUUAAUGUCCCAAAGAAGGUCUACCAGCUGACUCAUAAUUAUAGAUCACAUGCAGGAAUUCUAUCUCUUGCAUCAGCAAUUUUAGAUGUGAUGAAACAGUUUUUUCCAGCAUCAUUUGACAAACUACAACCUGACCAAGGCCUCUUCAAAGGACCUUACCCCAUUCUAUUAGAAUCAUGCAGUCCUGGUGAUCUUGCCAUUUUACUGCAGGGCAACAAGAGAAAGACAUCGCACAUUGAGUUCGGAGCCCACCAGGCUAUCCUGGUAGUGAAUGACUCUGUGAAGAACAACAUGCCCGAGGAGCUGAGCCACGGCAUCGUACUCACCAUCUACGAGGCAAAGGGUCUGGAGUUUGAUGACGUCCUGCUGUACAACUUCUUCAAGGACUCUCAGGCAUCAAAGGAAUGGCGCAUUGUUACCACCUUCCUUGAAAAUCAAGUGGAAGAGGCUAUAAAACAGUCUGACACAGAAAAUCUUGUGACGAUUGAUGAAGAUGUCCUCAAUCGGAAAGUGAGACCAAGGCCAUUAAAAUUUGAUGAAACAGAGCACAAGCUACUCAAUUCUGAACUGAAACACCUUUACACUGCUGUUACUCGAGCCCGUGUCAACGUUUGGAUCUUUGAUGAAAAUGAAGAAAAGCGGGGCCCCAUGUUUGAAUUUUUCAAGGCAAAGAAGUUGGUCAAAGUGAUAUCAGAGGAUGAUAUGACUGAUGAAGAGUUAGGUGUCACAAUGUUCGCUGAGAAGUCAACUUCAGAGGACUGGCUGAAGAGAGCUGAGGAGAUGAUGGAACGACGUCUGUACGAAGUUGCAGCAAAAUGUUUCCGGAUGGGAAAAGAUGAUGCAAAAUCAAAGCUUGCUCUAGCCUUAAACCAAGAACUGACCGCAUUAAGAAGCACUGAUAAUGUUAAACAGGUGAAGGUUGAGUUUAUCUGUGCUGCCGAGCGUUUAUUGGUCUGCUCUGAAGACAAAAGGGCUGUCCAGUGCCUACAAAAGGCACAUGAGUUUGAACUUGCUGGUCUCUUGUAUGAAAAAUGUGGAAUGUGGCUAAAAGCAGGGAAAAUGUAUCGUGCAUGUAAUAAAUCACUUGAGGAAAGCAGAUGUAAAGAGCAACUUGGUCACUUCAAUUCUGCCAUAGAUGUUCUCUCCAGGGCUGAACUUUACGAGGAAGCUAUUGACUGUCUGCACAGAUACACACUGCUAGCUGAUGACAUGGAAAGAAGAGGACAGAUACUCUCACCGACCCUACAAAAGCAUAAACCCAAAAGCAGUUUCACAACUGAAAGACUGAGCUACAAAGCUGCUAACUGUUACCUGAAGAUGAGGAAUAAAGAGAAGAUUAUUGCCUCCUUGGAACGCCUGCCUAGAGUUGGAGAUCGAAUUGAAUUUCUGAAGAAAACUAUCUAUUAUGAAGAGGCUGCUAUGUUAAUGGUGAAAGAAGGCAAGACGGCAGAUGCAAUCAGGAUAUUCCUCCAGCAUGGCAAAGUAAAUGAAGCCCUUGACUUAGCAAAGACUGUUGACGACUGGAUAUCAAUUGGUGAAUGUCAUUACAUCCGGGCCUUGCAGAUGAUGUCAGAACAGGAUACUGAUCUCCAGGAUGAUAAGAUAAAAGUUCAUCUCACUGAAGCAUGCAGUGCUUUCCAGUUGACAGGAAACUUAAAUUACCUUGGAAUUUCAAUACUCACCAAUGCUACAUUCUUAUUUUCAAAAGAAGGUGCAAGGACCGCAUUUGCCAAGUUUCAGAAUACAAGACCAUAUGCAAAUGAAGCAGGCAUGCUCGAAUCUUUAGAUUUUGUACUGAAGGUUUCCAAAGCAGACGCAUGCAUUGAUUUCGCUGACAUGAAAGCCCUCAUCAGAGGAGUUGAAUGCAUGUUCAAUGUAUUAAAGUCUCUUUUGAAACCUGAUACAUACGAGGAAAAAUCAAGAUCAAAGCUUUACCUUGAAUUUUAUGGCCUGUAUGAGAAAGACAUUGAUACGGUUAUUUUGUUUCCAAAACAAAAACCCCGCAUUAUGGCAUUGGCUCCUGAGUUACUGAAUGAAACUGAAGAGCAGCAUGUAGAAGUGGAGAAAAACAAGAAACAGGUGUGCCUCAUACUCUCCAAUCACCUUGUCUGUCUAUCAAAGAACUGGAUAAAUGAAAUAAGGGACUUUCUUCGUACAUACAUUGAUUGCCAUCUCCUUUGCCCAUUGUUUAUGGAGGGUAGAAAAUGCAACAAUGGUCAACAAUGUAGAUACCACCAUUCACAGUACACUAUCAACACGGGAUUUAAUACCCUCGAAGCACUUGUUUGGGAAGUAAAUCUUGACAGUAUUUUGCAAAAUUGGGUACGAAAUCGUCAUGAACUGAAAGAAAAUGAAUCAAAUGUGAUGGAAAUGUUCACAAGAAUGAAUAUUGUCAUUGACGAAAAUGAUUUUGAUUCUUGUGAAAGGCUGUUGGACUUCCUGAUUCCAGAGCAUGAACAUAUGAGUGUAUUAUCAGAUAGCAGUCAGUUACUCAGAACAGGGAAAGUCCCACAACAAAUAGAAUAUUAUUUCAGAAACCAUUGGUUGUGUAAGGGACGCCAAGGUGAGAACCUACUGAAGGAACGUUCCAAAAGCAUAGACUGGUUUGUACAGGCCACACUUUUUGGCGGCUUAUUUGGAGUAGAUUUACAUAUAAGGGCUCACUAUGAAGAUCUGGAAAUGAACCUAAUGGAAUAUCAGCCUGAUUGGCUUUUCAGGAAGUUUGAACAUCAUGCACUUUAUGUUCAGUAUGAUGAUGAAACGGUGGUCAUUGACAGCCUUGGACGGAGAAUUCAUGAUGUUUUCCUUUGGUUGCAAGAAGCUCCAGUGAAAGCCGUCAUUGAGUAUAGCAAAUGCGUCAGAAUUCUUUGCAGUAAGAACAAACGCUCACUUCUCCCCAAAAUGUCAGUAUUUUGUCUGUGGCAGGAAUUAUUCGCUUGUGUGACAUUUUUAAUUAUUGCAAGACUGUCAGCCGCAUCUCCAGGAUUUAUAGUGCCUGAUUCAUAUGUUGCAAUCACUUCUUUUUUUAACUGUAUGUUCAACAGUCAAAACGUGAGAAUAGAAGACUUGAUUCAGCGAGGAGCUAUGAAGAAAGAAAAUAUAACAGUGAUGAAGGAUUGUAUAUAUAAGAUCUUUGAAGUCCUUUGUGGUGAGAAACUCAACCUUCUGAAACGCCUAUUCAACCCUGGAAAGGGCUCUUACCUUUUAGCAGAGAGAUGCUUUGUUAUUGCUUUGGUUUUGAUGGUGAAUGUUGAUGUGUUUGUCUCAAUGAAACUACGAAGUGUGUUGAUGAAAACAAUACUUAGUCUGAGUCUGCCUGAGGAUGCCCCAGCAAGACUGUCCAUAGUUCUACAAGAAGUGAAAAGCUCAAAAGAUACUAAAGCUAUUGCUAAAGCACUGAACACAUUCUUGGCAGCGAAAGGAGGAAAUUUGUUAAUGUGUCAUUGGGAGCAGAGUGGAAAUGAACAUAUACACAGUCAUGCACUUGAUAUUGAUACAAUAUCAAGUUCUCAAAGCUUGGCAAAAGACACAAAUACACAAAUCACUGAUGAAACAAGGCAUCAGGAAGAAAUGCAAAAUAUGGAGGGUGGUGCCGCAAGAGGUGAGGAUGAUGGAGAUGAAGGUGAUGGUGAAUAUGAAGUUGCUGUUAAUGGUUGUAUAGGUAAGUAUGUCAGUGAUGAUGUAACACUGACGUUUGACGAAAGAGAGGAAAGACAGUGUCAACAGAUGCUGAUGAGAGACACAAACAUUAAAGAUGACGCUGCAAUAAAAAUACAAAGGUUCUUUAAACGUUUGACAUUUGUGGAAAGAGUAGAUUCAAGGCAGUUCAAAGACAGAUGCUUUGAGCAACACUUUACCGAAAUGUUUUCUCCCUUUCGGAUAUGUCAGACGGAGUGUGGUGUUUGUGGAGUACACCUUUGUGCUGAAUCAGGGGAAAUAGGAGAUGCAGUAGGAUCUCAUGCCAAGGUUACUAUGGACAGCGAAUCCUCUGACACACACAAAACAUCACAACGCCACGAAGAAACCGAAGAACAUGUCGACAGAAAUAAACAAUUUGAGACAUUCAGGUCAUUACACACAGAACACUUCAUCCUGACAAUUAGGGAUAUAAAGAUGUUCAUCUCCAAAGGUAAACUGAGAGACCAACAGCAUGUAAAGGAACAGUAUCCAUAUCAGGAAUUGGACAUUUCUCGAUUAGUGCGCCAGUUGGACGAAAUUUUGAAAUUAAAGGAUAGUAUCUUGCAUGAACGUAAGUGGAAUCUCACACUGAAGUUGCAGCAGGAUAUGACGACGAUGUUUGGUGAUUUUGAGAAGAUCAAGUCAGAAAUGGAACCAGUUCAUGACAUUAAGGGAAACGUCAAUACUGACUCGACAUUGGGCCCAAAUGAAGAAAUUCCGGACGCAUAUUCAGACAAUGAAAGUGAUAUUGAAAAAGAACCCUUUGAAAAGACGGCCAAAAGACCAGAUCGACAUUUUCAAAGUCAAGACAGUACCAAAGAUGCAAGACAAACGAGAAAGUCACAAAGACGGCGCUAUCGCAAGAAUCAGAAAAAAACCACCUACGAAACACCUCCAAGAUUUCAAAAGAAAAGAAAAGGUAACGAAGAGCUGCAACAAGCUGAAACUCAGUUUGAGCAGGACAGGCACAGUGUAUAUUUCUGUUGAUACCAUGCCUUAGGGUAAAACAAAACAGAGCGGAGAUAUUUUAUAAGGAUAGUUUUGAACUGAACAGUUGGAAAUAGCAUUAUCUUCCGUUUUCCUUUUACCUUUCCUUGAUGUGAAUGUUGACCGAUAUGUACAUGUUUUGUCAUAGUGUAAGAUACCAGUUUCAUGUAGUGUAUGUCAUAUUUUAUAUGUCUUUCAAUCUUGUUUUCAUAUUAUAUUUGCAUCAAUUAAUUAUUAAUUAUACAUUUAGUAUUAUUAUAUGCGUGUCGGACGUUGUGGAGGUUAAAUGAUUGUAAUACUAGAGACCCAGAUUCGAUUCCCAUGCUGAAUAGUGUGUAAAGACGUGUUUGUUUGGUCAUGUGUCUGGAACGUGCGAUCAUACGAAACCAUUUGGUUUAUUUCAUGUGAGCAGUACAUUGACAUCACACCAAUGUCGAUCAUCUGAUGUGGGCACGGUGGACCAGUUAUCUAAAGCCACGCAGUUCUUUGUGCAGAGUUGCAUCCCUUACGCAUGAAAAAUCGAAUCUUGUAAGUUCGAACCCGAUUCACCCUGAUUAUUUCAGUACCAUACCCAUACUCGUGCCUUUCAAGAAAGUGCUAAAUGUCAAAGACCUGCAUCACUUUUGGCUUUCCUCCGACAUCAAGCUGACUUACUCACUCAUCACCUGAUUUCCUUCACUGAAAUGUGCAACCAUUAUGUUAUAAUUAUGAUAACAAGUCAACUAAAAUGGCAAGACAAUAUUGCAUUUUUAGACAUCACCCUGUACACUGACAACAUAAUUUUCCAAUAUAGCCUACUUCCAUGGACAGAUAUGACCUUUAACUUCAAAAUGUUAUGUAGGUUUUUGUACACCUGAUUGGAGAGCCUUUAAUUUACGUUCUUUCGCUUUCCUCAAUCGCCAGUUAGAUAGAUGCUAAUGUGUUAUGACACAUACACAAAUAUCAGCCAUAUUCUGGCAGCUGGGAGAACGUGACAGAUCAGAACGUUAGCUUGGGUAAAAAUAAAGGUUGAUGAUUUAAUUACGUAAGUAGCCGUAAGAAUCCCAGAAGUAGGUUAUUGAAUUAUGAACAAAGAACCUUAACAUAUGAAUGUUUAAGGACAAUUCAGUGUGAGAUUAAAGAUACGAAAGUAUUUGGCAUUUCAAAAGUAGAAAUCAUUAUGAUUUGUGAAAAAAUCUAAAUCCUACCAUUGAGAUAAGUGUAUGUCUGUGAGGAUAGACUAACAAUUGAACCCUUUCAUUGAUCUUUUAAAAUCUAUAUUCCUACAGCAUUUGUACAUAGUUGGUUUUGAUGACGACGUAACUAUAUAGGUGGUCAUAUGGUUAACAUGAUGACAAGUGUUAGGUACAUGUUAAAUAUAAUUGUUAAAUCAAGUGUUAGAGACUGUAUUGGAGCACAAUGUGCUUGAGACUGCAUUGAAACAUCACAUUAUAAUGCUAGUAUAAUGUCUUGUUAUAAUACAGACCUAUUGUUAUUUAACUUAUUUGUGCAGUACCCUGCAGUCUAUACGCAUAUUGUUUUUCAUCAUGUUCGUCAUCGAUACAUGAUACAUGUACAAAUGUUACAUUGCGAAAUGUAUCCUCGUGUAUGUUAGUGCAUGCGUUAAUAUGUAAUAACGAACUUGAUACAUGUAAACAAAAAUGUUACAUUGCGAAUUGUAUCCUUGUGUAUGUUACUGCAUGCGUUAAUAUGUAAUAAGGAACAUGAUACAUGUACACGUUACAUUGCGAAUUGUAUCCUCGUGUAUGUUACAACAUGCGUUAAUAUGUAAUAACGAACAUGAUACAUGUACACAUGUUACAUUGCGAAUUGUAUCCUUGUGUAUGUUACUGCAUGCGUUAAUAUGUAAUAACGAAUUACAUGAUACAUGUACACAUGUUACAUUGCGAAUUGUAUCCUUGUGUAUGUUACUGCAUGCGUUAAUAUGUAAUAACGAAUUACAUGAUACAUGUACACAUGUUACAUUGCGAAUUGUAUCCUUGUGUAUGUUACUGCAUGCGUUAAUAUGUAAUACAAACCAUGUGGCGGCAGGCUUUUUACUUUCUGGUUGAAGUAGGCUUUGGGUUUGCAGAGAAACAUGUGAACAUGUGCAAAAGCAGAAUUCAUGUACUAUCUGCUAUACUUAUAUUGUAAUUGGUAUUGAUUUCUAGUUAAACUGUUUUAUUUUACUGUCCUGUUGUUUUCAGUUUAGUUAUGCUCAUUGCCAUUCGCGAACACCUGAUAUCGUCACUAUUUGAUAUAUAUAGAAUAAUAAAUGAGCCUCAAUUAAUACCAGAACUAUUCACGAGUUGCAUUAAAUUGAUGCUAAACAGGGGAGAGUUAAGUAUUUCAUUUAUUACUUGCCGUUUAAAACCUUUUUUUAGAAUUACAAUGUCGUGUGUGAAUAUAGGCAGAUAUCAACGCGAUCCACAGCAUAAUCCGAUUGAGUGUAACAAAACAAUACUUCAAACACGUCAAAAGUUGACACGUAUUAAUUUAAUACCAUGCAACGGUCCACCUUAAGAGUUCAGGAUUCCUUUCCAGAAAGUUAUCGUAGCGCCAAGGUUAUCAAUAACUCCCAUAUACCUAGACGAGCAAGUGUCGUGGCGCUACGAUCGCCUUCUGGAACGGGGUCCUGUACCACAAAGUUUACAAUCACGUUACAAUACCCUAUGACGUAUUUGUGAAAUUGUUUGCAAGAUCAAGCGGCGAAACAAUGCCAUUUGACGUCAGCCUAGCAACGGGGUCUCGAAUUUCUGCUGUGGAUGCACAUUGCUUCACAGGAUAACUAGCUAUAAGAACUAUAUGAAUGGAUCGCCAAAGAAAUGAUGAUACCUGGUGUUCGUACAAAGGGUAAGCAUGUUCUGCCCUACCGGUAGUAUCCGCCACUCAUGUCAUAUUCAGUCAUUUCGCUAAAUGUCUUUUAUAAAACAAUUCUCGACUGAAUUAACAAGGCCUUUGAUGGUAAAACAUUGAUACAAAAUCUUGGUUGUAAACAAAAUGUGUCUUUCUGUGCAGUUUGAAUGGAAUCUACAUGCUCUUUAGUACCUAAGCAAUUGAGAAAUGUAGACGCCAUAAGCUGAAGCUGAUGGCAUAUUGCUCGACAUGAUGGGGAAAGUAUUAAAACUUGACAAUUGUUCCCUUGUCUGAGAUCGUAUCACUUCAACUACAUCGUUUGAAUUUUGCAAAACCCACAUCUGAUUUACUCCACUUAUCUCAUAUAUUCUCUGACAGUAUUUAAUUAGGCUUUGUCUGAUUUUUUGCUUGAUCUACGCAUGUUCAGUCAGUACAUUUUACAAUAAAUCUAGAAAUCGUU